AUGACGCUGAACGUGGUGCCAAAAGGGGAAAUUCCGCUGAUUGCGGCCAUCGACGUGGGGACCACGUCGACCCGUGCGAUAUUAUUCAACAAGCAGGGACAGGAGGUGUCCAAGUACCAGAUCGAGUACUCCACGACGGCAGCCAAGGACAAGGAGGCGUCGUCGCCGGGGUCUGCGGGGUCUGGUAAGGGCAUUAUUUUCUCUGCCGAGGGUAUUGCCAUCGAGGCGAACGAGUACGUGGAGAUCGAGGAGCUGGAGCACCAGGACGCCACCUUGCGCUUCCCCCACCCCGGCUGGGUGGAGUGCAAGCCGAUGAACAUCUUGGCCAACGUCGUCCAGUGCUUUGCCGCGACCUUGAUCUCGAUCAACAAGGUGAACGACGAGCGUGUGGAAAACAAUCUGCCUCCAUACGUGAUCAAGUGCAUUGGUGUCACCAACAUGCGGGAGACCACGAUCGUGUGGUCUAAGAAGACCGGCUUGCCGGUAGUGGACUAUGGUAUUGUGUGGAACGACACACGUACCAUGGAUAUCGUGAACACAAAAAAAAGCGAGACCCCCCCUGAGGAGCAGGAGCGGUUGCGUGCGAAGACGGGUCUUCCGCCAUACUCCACGUACUUCUCGUGCUCCAAGUUGCGUUGGUUCUUGGACAACGUCCCUGAAGUUCUGGAAGCUUACGAAAGCGGCGACUUGAUGUUCGGCACCGUCGACACCUGGUUGAUUUACCAUCUCACAGGCAACCAUGCGUUUGUCUCCGACGUCACCAAUGCAUCCAGAACCGGGUUCAUGAACCUGGACACUCUUGACUACGACGACGAACUCCUGGAGUACUGGGGGAUUGACAGGAGCAAGCUCAACAUGCCAAAGAUUGUCCCGUCUGCCCAGUACUAUGGUGACUUCUGUGUCCCCGCCGUGACAAAGAAGAAGUUGACAGAGGCUGCCUGGGACGUGUUGACGUCCUUCAGCCAGUCCGGCAUUCCAAUCCAGGGCUGCUUGGGUGACCAGAGCUCCUCUCUAGUGGGCCAGAUGGCAUUCAAGGCCGGCUCUGCCAAGUGUACGUACGGUACCGGCUGCUUCUUGUUGUACAACACCGGCACAAAGAAAUUGCUUUCCCAGCACGGUGCCUUGACCACGUUCGGUUUUUGGUUCCCGGAGUUGGAGGGCUCCGAAGCCAGUAAGCCACAUUUCGUCUUGGAAGGUUCCGUCGCCGUCGCCGGCUCUGUGGUGCAGUGGCUAAGAGACAACUUGAGACUAUUUCCAAGGGCGGAGGACGUCGGGCCAUUGGCCAGCAGAGUUCCGGACUGCGGCGGCGUUGUUUUCGUUCCGGCCUUCAGCGGCCUAUUCGCUCCCUACUGGGACGCAGCUGCCCGUGGCACCAUAUUGGGCAUGUCGCAGUUCACCACGGCCUCGCACAUCGCGCGUGCCGCAAUCGAGGGCGUGUGCUUCCAAGCCAGAGCGAUCUUGAAGGCCAUGAGCUCCGACGCCUUCGGCGAGGGCGCCAAGGACCACGACUUCUUGGAGGAGAUCGUCGACACAGGCACGUACGAGCACUCGCCCUUGUCGGUCUUGGCCGUCGACGGCGGCAUGUCCAAGUCAGACGAGGUCAUGCAGAUCCAGGCCGACAUCUUGGGUCCCUGUGUCAAGGUCAGACGCUCGCCCACCGCAGAGAGCACCGCAUUGGGCGCCGCAAUCGCUGCGUGCAUGGCGUACAAGGACCCCAACGAGCGUGUGUGGAAGGACCUCAACGACGCCAAAAAAUGGAUCUUCUAUGGCGGGUUGGAAAAAGAGGAGGCCCUGCGCACUCCGGACAACGUCUCCUCGAAGUUGAAGAUAUUCGCCAGCCAGUCCGUUGACACCGUCCGGAGAAAGAACUGGAAGCGCUGGGAAGCGGCCAUCGAAAGAACCAAGGGUUGGUUACACGACGCAGAGGGCAAUUAA